GGUGGGAGGGGAGGCAGCAGCGCUCGGACGGCGGUGAGGGAGCCUGCCUGACGCGCGUCUCCGGGCCAUUCCCACGUUGGUUCCUUCGUCCGCGGAGGGGCUCCGAGCCCGCUUCCUCAGGAUGAGCCUACAUGCUUUAAAUGGAGAAAAUGCGGGUGAGGACAUGCCGGCCGGAAACUGUGCGAUGCUUUUGACGCCUGCAGAGACCACAUGCAAGACUUCUAUCCUUCGGUUGUCGCAGAAAGAAAAUUUGCCCCCAAAGGGAAUAGUGAAGCCUAUGAAGGUAACUUUCCAAACCCCACUGCGGGAUCCUCAAACUCGCAGGAUCUUGAGUCCGGAUAGAAAGAAAAAGGCUGAAAUUCCCCUUGUCACAGAGACUACAGAGAAUCUUCUCUUGCCUACGUGCACUGCUGUGAGUCAACCAACAACGACCACCGAGAUUACUUCCGGAAAAGAGAAAGUGCCAACAGAAGGGAAAGUCCUGCUUCCUGAUCUGUCAGAUGAUCUAACCUUCCCGUCUGCUGUCCAUGAUGCUGAGCCAUUUCAGAGUUCAGGCAGCCCCCUGAAUUUCUCUAACGGCCAGAAACUCUCCCUUUGGGAAGAUUUUACUGGAGAAGAAAAUCAAGUGGGAUUUUCCCUUUCAGGCGGUUCGUUGUCCUUUCCUCAAAGCCUUCCUUGGAAGACUCCAUCUGAGGAAGCGGGCUGCACAACCACAAAUCUUUUCUCCCUCCUGGACUCCUUACUACACGAUGAGGACGUCUCCGAGCAAGUUCUAGGUUGCGAUCGUGCCCCAAACCUUGUUUCUAACAGAACUCGCAACCCUGAGCCCUUACCAAUGUUCUACUUACAAAACCCUCCCUUGCAGCCCAUUGAAACACCCGGGAGCUUUGAAAAGCUAAACAGGGACGAAAUAAAGAACGUUGAAAAGGGUGACACUGGCGCUCAAACGAGUGAGAACUGGGCUCCCAAAGUCUCUGACUGCAUGACCUUUGAUUCUGACUUGGACACUUUUGGGUGCGCACCCAACAUUCCAGCUCCUGAGAGUCCUGCACCCGGUUUAGAGAAAUCCGAUGUCCCAAAAGAUGAAGCAGACACUCUGCAAACUCAGGAACCGAAAGCACCAGAGGCAUUUGAGAGAAUGGAAUUAAUCCCCAGCAGCCUGAAAGAGAUUAAAGAUUGGAUUUUAGCAAACAGCCCGGCUGUGGCUGAAAAGGAUGCCGGAAGUGAACCGUCAGAAGAAACCAAGGAGAAGCCGGAGAGCAUCUUAUCUGAGGCCUGGGACCAAGGAGACCGGCCUCUGAAUGGGCAGCUGCCUGCAGGCGAUCUGGUGCCCAGGGCCCUUUGGGGAAGGACAGAACUGGGGAGCGAGAGUGACCAGCUCUUCACAGAAGAUGAAGAAUUCAGAUCCCCCAUGGAAGUUCUCGGAACCCAAAUAGACUACCUGGAGCAAUUUGGAUCGGCCUCGCUGAAGGAAUCUGUCUUGAGGAAGCAGUCGCUGUACCUGAAGUUUGACCCUCUGCUCAGAGACAGCCCUAAGAAGAAAGACCCCCACCCAGAUCCCCAAGCGGCUGUUCCGGGAGCUGCAUUGCUUCAAAAUGGAACGUCUACAAAACCUGCCUCCACUGAAGCCAAAGCAGCGGAAGAGAAACUGGUGGAGCUGGACUUCCUCAUCCUUCCAGAUCUGGCCAAGGAGCCUGCAGACACCCCCACGGGUCCAGAGCCGCCCCUGUUCUCCUGCGCUCAGCCCUUGGGAGCCGUUGCAGGUGUGCUGAGGUCCAGUGAGAGGGACCUGGAGGAAGCUUUGCAGCAGGUGAAGCUGGAGAGGGAUGCUGCUGUCCAGAACCUUACGGCCCAGGUCCAGGAAAAGGAAAAGGAGGCUCUGGAGUGGAAGCAGCAGCACGACAAAAUCUAUGCCGAGAAGAAAGAAAUGGAAAGAGUUGUGGCCGAGUUUGAGGACGUCGUCGGACUGGUGGUGGAGGAUUGUAAGAGCCAGAAGGAGCUUGCGGAAAAAGAGCUGCAGAAAGCCUUGGAGGCCAAACAGCAGGCGGUCUCUGACCUGGAGGCCUUGGAAAAGUCCUUCUCCGAAUUCUUCAACCGCUUCACCAAACAGAAGGAGGCCAUCGAAGGGUUUCAGAAGAAUGAAGAGACGCUGAAGAAAUGUGUGGUGGAUUACCUCGAAAGGAUUAAGAAGGAAGAGCAGAGGUACCAGGCCCUGAAGGCCCACGCGGAAGAGAAGUUGGAUCAAGCAAACGAAGAGAUUGCCCAGGUGAGAAGCAAAGCCAAGUCGGAGGUGGCUGCCCUCGAGGCCAGCUUGCGCAUAGAACAGAUGAGGGUCCAGUCGCUGGAGAGCACCCUUGAGCAGAAGGAAAAAGAAAACAAGGAACUCACAAAAAUCUGUGACGAAUUGAUUUCUAAGAUGGAAAAAUAGUGCUAAGAUCUCUGCUUUCCUCCCGUUCUGUUCUGUUUUCCAAUUUUGGGAUAGAUUAUUUAUUAAAUGUAUUUCUACACUUCAGUGUCAUUAGUUUGACUAAUAUUAUUUGCUAUAAAAUAGUUUCUUUUUAUCCCCAGUUUCUGUUUCUGAAAAGUAGUUGAAGAGGCCUCUGUGUAAUAAAAAUAAAAAUUUAUAAA